AGAGGCCGGACCUGGGCAACCCCAGCCUGGAGGUGCCGGGGCCGGAGCUCCCAGAGGGCUGGGUGCGAGGCCUAGGCGGGGUCAGGUUCGGGUUCCUAGGCCAUAGCGGAGCUGCAGCCCAGGCGGCCGGAGCGGAACCCAGCCCCGCUCCGAGUGCCACGUCUCCAGGAACCCCCUCCUUACUCUUGGACAACACUCCGCCCCCGCCCGGGCCUCCGUCCCCCAAACCGCCCUCAUUUGUGCAGCGCCAGAUCCUUCGGACACAUCCCUAGGUGUCUCCAUCCUCAUCCGAUCCAUCCAACUCCCAGACACCACGUCUCCAACCGGCUGCACCCCACUCUCCAGCCUGCGCCCCAGAUGCAGCCUUCGCCCCUAGAUACACCCGCCUGGUGAUGAGGCGCUCUUCCCGUUCCUUCCGGUAGCCGCGUUGUGAAGACCACGCUGCCGGCUUGCAAACUUGGGGGGACUUCCUCCCUCCCCUCCCCCUGGGCGCCGUGCAACUGCCCUGGGACCUGGUUCGGGGAUGAGGGGGGCAGACCGGGCUCCCCAGCGGCCGGCGCAGCACGUAGCGCACGUGUAGGGCCCGCUCCCCACCCCCUCGCCGCCUCUGACAACUUUCCAGGGCUCCCGGUGUCGUCCGUGAGCCUCCCUUCCGCCCUGGCCUCCGGUCUCUGCCUUGCUCGUGCUUCUACCACCACCCUUCCCCUCCCAACCCGGUGGAUCCUCUCGUCUCCCCCAGUCUCCAGUGCACCGGUUUUCCCUCGUCCUCUGCGCAGUCCAUCUCAGCUCAUCUCUCCAAUUCAAUGCCAUCAUCUCUCCUCACCAUCUCUCGGUGCCCUGGAAUGUUUGCUGUCAGAUGUCCCCUGUGAAACCCACAAACCCUUGGUCUUCUUGUUUUAUUUUGUGUAGUCCUACAACGUCUUGUUACUACUCCCUAUUACAACACUUAUAACUCAGUAUUUGUCUUUUUUCCGCGGUGUCCCUGCACUCUCCCCAUACAUGUUCCUCUCCUGCCAGACUGUAAGCCUCUAGAGGGAAGGAGUAAUGUCUCUCUCCUUGGCACCAGGCACGUGGCACACGUUCCACAAAUAUUUGUUGAAAGGGAGGGUAAAUGGCCUUGAGUUUCUGUGGCUACCAUUGGCUGAGGAUGGAGCUUUGGGCUGGACAAAGAAGAAUCUGGUUGACCACAUGAAGCAGGAAGGAGGCUCAGAACGGUGUUGAGGGAGCCUCCACAAUGGGUGGGCACCACAGUUGAGCAACUUCAGGAGCCCUGGACUCCCAAGGAGCAAUCCUGUGAGCUGCUUAGAGAAGCUGUGAGGAUUAGAGGGAAACUCAUGUUCCCUGUUCAACCCGCAGUGGCACCACCAGCACCCCUAAUUUGGGUCUCUGGGCUGAGGGGCCCCUGGCAGCAUGCUCAAUGGCCUUGGAUAGCUGGAAUGUUUGGAAUUGCCUGUAUCUUGGAUGAAAGUCUUAACAAUAGAAUGAAAACUGCUGCAACACUAUGUCAGCACUUUACAGACCACCACUGUAAAUUCCCAGUUGAAACUGGGAAUUUGGAAUUCCAUGUCCAACCAAAUCAUUCUGAGUGCCCAGCACAGCGUCUGACACAUUAAAUGCUACAGAAAAGUGGGAAUCAGAUGGCAAGAUACAGAGAGGUUCUCAGAGUGUUGUGCAUCUGUGUGAAAAUCUAAAAGAAAAAAAAUUGGGAUGAGGAUUUAGGAAUAAGGGAAGAUGGAACUCUCAGUGAUGAGAAUUGUCCAGUAGAAAGGGAGAAGUGGAUCAUGCAGAAGAGAAGAGGAUAACUGCAGAGAAGUCUGUUGAACUCAGAGGGCUGAAUGAGAGCAGUCUUCCCUCCGUGACUGGGAAAUUACACGGGAGGAACUGUAUCCUGACGCAGACGCGAUGCGGUGUUCCAUCAGGAAAUGCUUCAUACUCUCAGUGGGCAUCGUAUUCCUGUGGCUCUUCAUCACUUUGAAAAUCCCCAAGGAAACUGAAGAUGAUCAAAAUGUGAUGACUAUCCAAGGCCUAGUAGCAAGCCUUGAGCCUUGCUCAGUUUGGGAACUGGGAAUAUAGGGUGGAAAUGGUGUGGACAGGCAGAUUCUUGAAAACCCCUGGGCUUGCUUCCUUCCUGAGCUUUUCACCUGAGAGCAGGAAGCUCCAAAGGGGAUGGGGGUAGGGACCUGGGCCUAUUAGUCCAUGAAGAAGCUGUAUUUAUUUUCCUUAUUCGUUAAGGUAAAGGAGAGCAAAUACUGCUUGAGCCCUGGAUAUUUCAGCCAAUGGCCAGGCAUCCUGAGAAUGUGCCAGGCUCACUCUAGGGAGAAUGGUUGACUCCACCUCUUUCCCUAGAAAAGCUUAUGGGAAGCCACUGGGGUGUAAAAUUUGUUCUUUUUAUGAAAGGAUAUAUAUGUUUGCCCUCGUCAAUGCCCCAGGAGGCCAGUUAUAACAGCAGGAAGGACCCAAGACCACUAGAAGACUGGCAGAACCUCACCUUCAAAUAUAUGGAAAAAAUCCAGAAGAGAAGAAAGACAUGGCUGACAGUGGGGAUCUCAUCAGUGCAGCGAGGGGAUGGAAGCAGCCUCUUGUACACAUUGGUCUCCCUGUUCCGUGUUUCCUCUAAGGCUGAGCAGAAACGUCUCACGGUGCUGGUCCACCUGGCAGAUUCUGACCUCACCUGGCUCAGAGAAACUCUUGCCCAUAUUUCAAGCCUCUUCAGCCCACAGAUCUUGAAAGGGCAGUUGCUACUGAUCCAUGCUCCAUCCGAUGCCUACCCCACUGUGGACAGUAUCAGGGAUGAGGCCUUUCGUGGCGAAUUCUACUCCAAGCAGAACGUAGAUCAUGCCUUCCUCAUGAGCUUUGCCACAAAGCUCUCUGAUUACUUCCUGUUAAUAGAGGACAAUGCCUUUUUUGCCCCUAACUUUGUCACCCACAUUCAUUCAAGGGUGACCACCAUGAAGUCCAACUCGUGGGUGCUACUGGAGUUCUCCAAUAUGGGCUUCCUUGGCAAACUCUUCCACAGCAGGGACCUCCCGCUCCUGGCCCAUUUCCUCCUCCUCUUUUACAAGGAGAAAUCCCUUGACAGCCUGAUUUCUCAUUUCCGUACACUCCUGGUCCAGGAAAGCCCAAUCCUCUGCAAACCUUUCCUCUUCUACCGCAGGGUCUCCUACACCGCCUUUGAUCACAAGCAGAAGGCCACAGCACUUCAGAAAAAGAAUGCUGAUGGUCCCAACAACCCGCCUGGAGCUGUCUUCACUGAUAUGCAGGUUUCCGAUGUGCAUUUCCCCUGGGAGGCCUACACUCUGGAUGAGUCAUUCUUUUGGACACACAACAUUAGUAUAGGAAGCCACCUGACAGUGAUUCUGAACCAUCCAGCAAACCUGAGCAGGGUUCAAGUGAUGACGGGCUCCAUUGUGGAUGGGAGGUACGCCCUGGAGAAGGGGCAGGUGGAGCUGGGCUACCAACCUGAGGGGGUGCCGCAGCACUGCACCAGCUUUGCCUUGCUGGGACAUCUUUUGGAGGGGCAGAUGGAUCAGAAGAUACUUCUGAAAGGUAUGGGGUACCACGUGAGCUGUGUGAGGCUGAUGGUGAAAGCUGGUCAGGCUGGGGGGCUCAUGAUCAGGCAUAUCUACCUCUGGGAGAAAAAUGACAAAUAGCAGCAAGUGGAUCAAUGCUGAAGAUAAAUCAGUAGGGGGAUGAAAAAUUAAAAUCUUAAAGCCAUUUC